GAUCCUGGCUAGCAUAGCAUCUGCUAAUCCCGGCAAAACGAAUAUGCUCUUUGAGUUUUCGAUGCUCCAGCUCCUCCUCUUGUUGGAUUCCAUCCCCAUUCCUCUGGCGCAUGGCCAUGGCGGCGGCGUAGUGGUGCGUCGUGCCUACCUGUGUUGGGGGGUGGGCGGCUCACUCAACUACUAGCACUUGAGCCAGCCACCACCUGUCCCCUCCCACUCCCAGGCCCUGAACACCAAGCAUGGCGGCCGCCGCCGUGGUGCCCAGGCCGCCUCCUUCUCUUCCUACCAGGGCCUUUCCCUCCGCCUCCUCCACCUCCUGCUCUUCCCGGCGGUAUCCCCUAAGAUUAAGAAGAAGCAUGCCCCGCCCCCUUGUGUGCGCCGCUGCAUCGUCCUCCGUCUGGAUGCCCGAUCCGGACCUGGAGCCUGAGCCCGCCCGCGACGACCAGCCCGCGCCCGAGUCCAGGCCCCGCCGCAUCGCCCUCUUCGUCGAGCCCUCGCCCUUCGCCUACGUCUCCGGCUACAAGAACCGCUUCCAGAACUUCAUCAAGUACCUCCGGGAGAUGGGCGACGAGGUGAUUGUGGUCACCACGCACGAGGGCGUGCCUCAAGAAUUCCACGGAGCCAAGCUGAUUGGAUCCUGGAGCUUCCCUUGCCCCUGGUAUCAAAAGGUUCCGCUCUCGCUGGCGCUGAGCCCUCGAAUCAUCGGAGAAGUUGCUAGAUUCAAACCUGACAUUAUUCAUGCCUCUUCCCCUGGGAUUAUGGUAUUUGGCGCGCUAAUUAUCGCAAAAUUGCUCUGCGUCCCUCUAGUAAUGUCAUACCACACCCAUGUUCCAAUUUAUAUACCAAGAUAUACGUUCAGCUGGCUUGUCAAGCCCAUGUGGCUAAUCAUUAAAUUCUUGCACCGAGCUGCAGAUCUCACACUGGUACCGUCGGUUGCGAUCGGCAGGGAUCUUCAAGCUGCCCGUGUUACAGCAGCCAAUAAGAUACGCCUUUGGAACAAGGGUGUUGAUUCAGAAAGCUUCCAUCCUCGCUUCCGAAAUAAGGAAAUGCGUUCAAGGCUGACUAAUGGUGAACCAGAGAAGCCACUAAUAUUGUAUGUUGGACGCUUAGGAGUGGAGAAAAGUUUGGAUUUUCUUAAGAGAGUCAUGGAUCGACUUCCAGGAUCAAGAAUUGCGUUUAUUGGAGAUGGCCCAUUCAGGGCUGAGCUUGAGCAGAUGUUCUCAGGUAUGCCUGCAGUGUUCACGGGUACGUUGCAAGGGGAAGAGCUAUCGCAGGCAUAUGCCAGUGGGGAUGUGUUUGUGAUGCCUUCGGAGUCAGAGACGCUCGGGUUUGUGGUGCUUGAGGCCAUGUCAUCAGGAGUUCCGGUAGUUGGCGCUCGAGCUGGAGGAAUACCUGAUAUUAUACCAGAAGAUCAGGAGGGGAAGACCAGCUUUCUGUACACACCAGGGGAUGUUGAUGACUGUGUUAGCAAGAUCGAGCGUCUCUUGUCAUGCGAGGAGUUGCGAGAGAUGAUGGGGAGGGCUGCCAGGAAGGAGAUGGAGAAGUUUGACUGGCGAGCAGCGACGAGGAAGAUCCGGAAUGAGCAGUACAGCGCUGCCAUCUGGUUCUGGCGCAAGAAGAGGGCACAGCUGCUGAGGCCUGUCCAAUGGGUGGUCCGGAGGCUGUUGAGGCCGACGAUGCCUGGGGCUGGCAACACCGUCGCGAAGCAAUCAUAGAUGAAGAGGAAGCAUUCUGGAGCAUAUUGGGUCAGUGCAUCUGCUUCUGCGGUGUGGAUUGAUUGGAUGCGUGAUGCUCAACAACAUUGAAGGGAAGGAAGCUCAAGUUUAGGGUUCCAGUACACUGAAGAAUGGAUGAUCAGUCGUUAUUUGGUUUAGGACUAGUAGAUUGUAAAUCGUACAUAUGCGUGCACUACUUAUUCUCUUACGACGUUGCAUUUGCAUCCUACUAUCUAUUCUUUGGUAGAAUUGGUAUUAUGUCUGUCUCCCUACCUGUUUGGAAACAUGACUACCUCUCA